AUGAAAAAGCUUAUGAACUUUUUUCUGACGACGCUCUUUGAGAACCGCGUCUGAGUGAAUGCCCGCCCGCGUCUUUCCUUAUCAUGGACGCCACCACACCAAGGAACAAAUUUUGUCCGACCCAAGAAAGAAUCACUGUCGAUCCUAAUCCUUUUCGGAAAAAGCUGACCUGUAGUCCACACUCCAAAGCUCUGACCUCUCCCUCACUACUGGCCACUCUAUAAAUGCCGCAUUUCUCCGUCGAUCUUCAUUCGACACCGACUCGACACCGGCAACAAACCAAGAUGGCCUUCUUUGUCUGUUUCGUCCUCUCUCUGAUCAUCUCAUGUGCUACUGCCUGCGAUCGCUGCGUCCACCAGUCCAAGGCUGCUUACUUCAACAAGGCCUCUGCACUCUCGUCUGGAGCAUGUGGGUAUGGCUCUUUGGCUGUGGGCUUCGACAGUGGCCUUCUCGCAGCAGCCAUUCCUUCCCUUUACAAAGAUGGGGCUGGCUGUGGUGCUUGCUUUCAGAUAAGGUGCAAGAACGCGAAUCUGUGUACCAAAGGAGGGACUAGAGUGAUCGUGACUGAUCUCAACCACAGCAACAAGACAGACUUUGUGCUCAGCAGCCGAGCUUUCACGGCCAUGGCUCGCCAGGGGAUGAGCCAGGACAUCUUGAGACAAGGCAUUGUCGACGUUGAUUACAAAAGAGUCCCUUGCGACUACAAGGACCGGAAUCUGGCCGUGCGGGUGGAGGAGUCGAGCCGGAAGCCAAAUUACCUCGCCGUCAAAGUGCUUUACCAAGGCGGUCAGACCGAAAUAGUGGCCAUGGACGUAGCACAAGUCGGUUCGUCGAAUUGGAACUACAUGAGCAGGAACUACGGCGCUGUUUGGGACACGAGCCGCGUCCCCGAAGGGGCACUGCAGUUCCGGCUCGUGGUGACCUCCGGCUACGACGGGAAGUGGAUUUGGGCCAAGAGCGUCCUCCCUGCGGAUUGGCGAAACGGGCUCAUCUACGACUCAGGAGUCCAAAUCUCCGAUAUUGCACAAGAGGGUUGCUCUCCAUGCGACGACGGGAGCUGGUGAUGAGGAUCUUGGACCGACCCUUGAUUUUAACUAUUGCCAGCACUAACUUCUUCUAUGUAGAUGAAUCGUGGGAUAGAUAAUGUUCUUUAUUUUUAUUUUUUUGGGUGAUCGAUGGGAUUUCUCCUGCAUAUAGUG